ACUGAUCUACCACCCCAAAGGAAGGCCAGUGGAAAGAACCCCUGGCCCCCCAACAAGGUAACCCUCCCUGGACCUAGACCAUACACUAGUCAUUCUUAAAGAAUAAAGAUGGCUAUGGUUUGGUCUAUUUCCACCCGUAGAAAGACAGCCUCAACCAGGAAAUCCAAGAACAGAUCAGUGGGAAACCCUUCAGGGCCUCACAGCACACAACCCAAUCAAACCAGCCUAACCAGCUCUUCCACCAAACAAGAUUCUGGGGUUGCUAGGAAAGAGUUUGUACAUAACUUUGUACACACUGAGUUUCACCUGUUGAAUGACUUGUUGGAUAUCCACCUCUUUAUGCUCAAAGUAAACACUAUUCCUUAGUUUCGAGAUAUGAUAAAUAGUACUAAGGGUUCCCACUCUACAGAUCUUCUUUCUGUUAGAGUGCACUGUGUGCUGCCUUCUCAGCCAAUAUAACAAAUAUCAUACAUGAAUCUUCCGAUCAAAGACAUUACAAUACAUCUCAAUUUGAAAACAAUACUUCGUAUUAUAUUCAAAGACAUUUUUACAAACACCAUCCAUGCAUGUUCCGAUCUUACAAGACAAAUGCACAUAUGUUGCGUUUAAAGACGAAAAAAUCAAUUUACAUACCCUGAGGUGGUUUUCACUCAUUCUUGGUCAGCGACUUUGGAAUUUCAUCGACUAAUCAUCAUCCUUCCUGGGCCUCCACGCUAGUGCUCGGCUGCUAUGCUUCUUUACGGAAAAGCUAAUUUCACAGAAAAGUAGGAAUGGCUAAGAACCCUAUGUGCGAAGGAAACAUGAUGUAAAUGGAUUUGUAUAAGGAGUAUAAAAACGUUGCGAAGGAAGAAAAAAACCAGGGAGAAAACCAAUCGCGAGAGGAAGAAAAAACCAUUGGUUCAUCGCUAGAAAAGACAUCCGUCGGGACGCCACGAUCUCCAUCACCAUCCUCUUCUCCAUUGCUUAUACGGCCAUUGAUUUGUUUCAUUUUAUUCGUCCGAUAAUUGAAGUUACAUGAAUGACGAAUAAGGAAACAAUCUUGGA